AUGACCCCAACCCCGCCAUCUACGACAUCAUCAAGCGUGGGCCAUUCGCCGGAGGGCCAGUAUAGGGUGGUUAGAAAGAGGAAUAGAGUGCCGCUCUCAUGCGCACCAUGUCGGCAGAGAAAGAUAGAUCGCUUGGAGAAUUUGGUUCUUUCACUCAUGACGAAUGGCUCACAAGCAGCUGGGCCGGCCGCCGCUGCCGCUGCCCUCUCAGGAAACGACAGCAUUGGAUCAACACAGAAUUAUCAAGAUCUAGAAUUGGACGACGAGGCCGAUGUUGAGGAGAGUGAUACAGAAGCUGUCACCAAGUCGUUCGGUAUUAUGAAGGUUGAUAACAACAAAUCAAUGUAUAUCAGUGAGGCGCAUUGGGCUUCUGUUCUCAACGACAUUGCCGAAGUUCGCCAGUAUUUUGUGAAUUCUAGGAAACAAUAUGAAGAGCAGGCGGAGCGAAUAAAGGCUUCAAGGCCAAGUGCCGCCGAUACGACUACAAUGUUACUUUUCGGCGAGGUGAAGCCCCCAAGCAAAGCCGAAAUUCUUUCCUCAUUGCCCUCGAGAUAUACGACAGAUAUACUGAUAGCGCGUUACUUCAACCACCACAAUCCUGGUACAUAUAUUGUCCAUACCCCAACCUUCCAAAAAGAAUACAAUGAGCACUGGAAAAACCCCUCUGCUACAUCUGCCGUCUGGAUUGGCUUGCUUUUUGCCAUCAUGCGAUUGGCUAUGCUAUCAUAUUACCAGGACAAGGAUGAGCCACCGGAAUUCAAGGGCAAGUCUCUGGAUAUGGCAAAGACUUUUCGUAAUUUGAUGUGCCAAUGUCUGAUUUUGGCGGACUAUACGAAACCACACCCCUACUUGAUUGAGACGCUUGUUCUUCACGUGCAUGCCGAUUUCAGUCAGACCCAGGAUGCCGACGUUUUGGUCUGGGUGCUAGUUGGUAUAGUUUCGCGAUUAGCAAUGCGUAUGGGCUAUCAUAGGGACUCCAAACUAUUUCCGAACAUAACACCUUUCCAAGGUGAAAUGCGAAGAAGAGUAUGGCUGUACCUUCGACAGGCAGACCUCUUGUUCUCCUUUCAGGUUGGCAUGCCUAGCAUGCUGCGACCCGAUGAUACUGACACAGAGCUCCCGCGAAAUCUGUGUGACGAAGAUUUUAAUCCAGAUAGCGCAGAGAUACCGCCAUCUAGAUCCAAUGACCAACCUACUCCAAUAUCUUAUCUGAUCGCGAAAGGUCGGCUGUCGCUUGUCUUUGGGCGGGUUAUGGAUCAUACUUCGUUGGUUAGAAACGCACCUUACGAGGUCGUGCUUGACAUUGACUCGGAACUUCGACAAGCUCGAGAUCUCAUUCCCGAACAUCUCAAGAUUCGUUCGUUUGAAGAAUGCCCACUCGACCCUACUGACCUGAUCCUGUCGAGAUACUAUGUCGAGAGCGUUUAUCACAAGGCCCAGGUUGUCCUGCACAGAAGAUACAUUAGUCGUGCCAGGGAAAAUCCGAGAUUCACCCAUUCACGUCGCACUUGCAUUGACUCAUCAUUGGAGCUCUUAUACCAGCAGUCCAUAUUCUUUAGCCAAAAGCUACCUGGUGGUCGACUAUUGACUAAAGUCCGUGAUAACGCUAUUAAUAACAGCAACUUUUUGCUCGCCGCAACGAUUAUAUGUCUGGAUCUUCAUCAUAGCAUGCAGCUGCAGGCAGCGGGAAGGCCGACCGGUGAUGUUUACAUUUGGGGCCGAGAACGUCGCGAUGAGAUGCUUGCUGCUAUCCAGCGAUCGCGGGAUAUUUGGCAUGCACAAAAGGACGAGUCGAUGGAAGCGUGGAAGAUGGCUGGUAUGAUUACUGUUAUGCUAGAAAAAUUGAAGGUGGCACCGUCAACUGCGGAGACAAAAAAUAGUUCCGCGAUGCUUGAAGUCCCCGAUGAGAAACAGAAUGCCGCAAUGACUUUGGGGCUUUUGAGCAGUGGUAUGAGUCCUCAGGACACGGCUACGGCUGGUUUCACGGACUCGUUCAAAAACCCGGAUACGAUUAUGUCUCCACCAGCUAUUGGGACGACGGCAGCAGACGCUAUGGGAUUUACGUCGCCCUUUGGUAUGCUCGGGCAGAUGCCAGACAUGCAACUCGAUUGGGAUGCAUGGGAUAGUUAUAUUGGAAACACUACGAUUGACAGCAACAAUAACAAUCAACUAUGGCCUCCUAUGUUCGAUGUGUCUCAACCAUCACCAAUUCAGCCAUCACCACUAUCAUCUAGCCAAACCACAGGCUCAACGGGAGGCCGAGGCACUCCUCUAGACGCCGCCAGGUCUCGUAUUCGAUUACCAGGCUUUAUCCCCUCAGACAACGGUUCCAGUUAUGAUCCGGCGAAUCCAUCAUAUUUCAUGGCUGGCCCGAAUACUAAUAAAAUAAUAAGUUCGUCGGACCAACAACAACCACAGUAA